GUUUUGACGUCGUCGCACACAGGUGACGUAAAAAUUAGGACACGUUCCGCAGCACAUGAAUUCACAAACAUUGUUUCUCCUGUAAAAAGGUAAGAAGGUAGCAUGGCGAAGAACAAACAGAAAGGAAAAAAGCCGAAGAACAUCUUUCAAGUGGCGAACAAGCAUCUGAGGACGAAGAACAAACCGAAACCUGUCACAACGGCUCUCAAAAACAUCAAUGCGGUGAAGAACGAGAAGGUGGAGAACCUGAACCAGAUAUUCACAGAGGUCCAGAGGGACGUGAAGAGCUUUUCCAAGCCUGUCGCUCCUCCGACAAAGAAACAAACACAGGUUCCCAAAGAGCCACCUAAGGACCCGGUAAACGUUGACAAUGCCACUGAGCUCUUCUCUCAGCUUUAAUGGAUCGAUGCUGAGGACUGAUUCCGUUUCCUUCAUGUGGACCUCAUCAUUAAGUGCCAGAAAUGAGAACUGGAGAUGUUCCUUCAGCAUCGAAAUGCUGAGGAAACUCUGUAUAUUAGCAGUAAAUAAGGAGAUUGUUGACAAUGAACAUCUUCUUUGUUGUUCUUGAUUCAUUUUUCUAUGUUUGCACAGAUUAAAGAGUCUCUGUCCUUCUGAA